GAUGUGUGUGGGAAAGAGCUCUGGUGCUGUGAUGGCACACUUGCCUCAGUGAGACUUGGUUCUUGGCUAUUGUAAUGAGCUCGCCCACUACUACACAGGCCUUUGACUUGCACCAGAAACAUUUCAGAAUUAUUUGCAUCUCUGAUUCAGAGGGGUUGGUUUAAAUGCGGAAGACACAUUUCAGUUGAAUGCAUUCAGUACAACUGACUAGGUACCCCCUUUUCCCUUACUACGAUAUUGGCAUUCCUUAAUAGGCUACAUGUUCAACAUCUACCUAGUGCUUUUACUAUGAUGUGUAGCCCUAAAUGGAAAUGAAUCUGUCAGUCGGCUGCAAUGUUGUUCAUUUGCAAGGGAAACUGCUGGCAGAAUUGUUUUGUGGAGUCUAAAAUGCAUGGCAGCUAUUCUCCUGUGGAGUGACACUGCAUGGCACUAUUAAGCCAUGGUCUUGAGUUCUGUGAGUUCAGAAAAGAGAUGGCUUGAACUUGCAAGUCAAUGCUGGACCUGGAUUGGCCUAUCACUGUUUAGUGUAUGAAAUGUAACCCUCUCGCAGUACAAGACGGCACACGCCAAAAAAAUGACUUAUUUUAGAUGUAAGCAUUCUAUGAAAUGUUCCUUCAUCAAAAGUACUGCAUUUACCCACAAAUCCUUAGCAUUUCAAGUGAAAUUUAAAUCCAAUGCAAAGAUAGCCUACAUUGUUUGGUUUUAAAAUGCUGUACAUGCUGUAUUAUGUAAUAUUAGGCCAUUUCCAUCAUAAAACUGCUUUUAGCCGUCCUAAAUCCCUGUAUAUAGUAGCUGGCUGACUGAAUUUCUCCUUUUAGUCUAGGUUUCUGGGCAGGCUGGCCAGCCAGGGUAAUUGGCAAGCCGAGCCCCCUCCUUUUGCUUUGAAGGAUUAGAGUAGACAUUUUUCCCAUAUGGCCCAUGUGACUGCCUCUUUCCACUAGUGCUCAGCAUAAGAGAUGCAGAGUGUCUUGCUUUCAAUGUGAGUGUGCAAUGCUGCUCGGUGCACUACCUUCUCUACUCACUCUUUAUUCCAAUGAAAAAACACACUGGCUCUAGGUCCCGCACUCGCUCGCGCUCCAGAUCUCAUUCUCCAUCCCACAAUAACCGAGAACGGAACUACCCAAGGGAGUACCAGAAUAAUAACCGCGAGUUCCGGGGCUACCACCGAGGCUUCCGGAGGCCCUACUACUUCAGAGGCCGAGGGYGUGGCUACUUCCCACGGGGGCGCUUCCAGAGGGGUGGGGGAGGCGGCUAUAACAACUACCGCCCCAAUAACUGGCAGAACUACAGGCAGCACCCCCAACAGCAGCACCCCCAACAGCAGCAGCAGCAGCAACAACAACAGCAGCAGCAACAACCCCACAGCCCGAGACAGGGACGAUCCCGUAUCCCUAAAAAGCGCUCUGGUAGCCCUCAUUCCCACAGCCACUCCAAGUACUCGGACCGCUCUUCCUCGCCCCGAUCCCGGCGUUCCCACCACUCCUCUUCCUCACAUUCCUCCUCUCCCACACGCAGGUCGGGCUCUGGGUCGGCUACGCAGAACUCUAAGGAUGUCAAGGAGGAGCGUUCUGCCUCCAAGGAGGUCCAGAAGAAAGGAGGAGGAGGACAUGGUGAGCCCGUGGAGAACACAGGGGGGUCUGCAGGGCCUGAUGGGGGCGACAGUGGGGACAAGCCCAAGGCUAACUGGCAGGGCGUGACGGAUCACAGCAACAGCCCCAAGGGGUCAAGUCCUCAGGUGCGCUCAGCUGUUAUCAUUGGUCAGGGCGCUCCAGCUUCGACCCAGUCUAGUCCCUCUCCUAAAAGCACUAAUGCUAAUGGCCCCAAUUACAAUGGUGCCCCCUCAUGGCAGAUACAGACGGUGGGCAGUUCACCUUCCACCAAAAGCCCUUCUCAGAAAAGCCCCACACCUGUGUUCUCUGGCUUUGGCUUCUUCUCUAAAGACAACCURGCAGGGGAUAAAGCAGCUAUCUCUUCAGUGUUCAAAAGGUUCUUGGAAGAGCACAAUCAUAAGAAAAAGCAGUCCGGUUGGGAGAAUGGCAGAGAGAUGGAAACCAAWGGUGGGGAUGUGGAGCGGGAGAAAGGGAAUGGCAUGAAGGCCUCUGGGGGCAUCUUUGACAGAGAGCCCGACAAAGGGGAGAAUGAGAAGUACAGGGAAGACUUUGACGAUGAGGGGAAUGUGUCGUUGAACCGCUUCUUGAAAGCCUCCCCUUUCUUUUCCUGCGAUGGCGAGGAAGAGGAGUUGAUACCCAAGCCCCGUCCCAAGGUGCUCCGCAAAGAGCAUGACCRGGAGGACGACGAGUCGCCCAAGCCCAAGAGCAAAGUCACCCUCUCGGCCCGCGAGCUAUUUGAGGAGCGCUUCGGCAAGUGGGAGGACCUGGCCAACUUGCAGGUGGCUGCCAAAUAUGAUGAUCUUGAUGCCAUGGCGGAGGAGAUUUACCGCAGCCGGAAGCAGGAGAAGGCUGCGGCCAUAGCUGCGGCCCUGGCCAAGAGAGAGGCCAUAGCGGGCAUGCUCAGAGGCUUCUCCCCGGAGAACGUCAGYAAAGACAGGAGGAAGGAGAAAGCUGCCUCCAGCCCGUCCCCCACACCCGCACCAUGGAGGAACUCUGACCGAGAGAUGUUCGUGGUCAGGGGGGAGGACUCUCCCCCAAGGGCCUCUGAGAAAAGAGGAGCGGAGUUCAGUGUCAGAAUGGAUUCUCUCAGGGAUGACAUGGCAAGCUCCUCUGGCUUUAUGGUUGGUGAGCGAAGGUCAUCACGGGAUCUUGUGCAUCCUACUAAAAAGGAGCAGGAGUUUCGCUCUGUCUUCCAGCACAUUCAGGCCACACAGUUACAAAGGAGUCCCUCAGAGCUGUUUGCACAGCACAUUGUCACCAUUGUCCACUACAUAAAAGCACAGCACUUUCCAUCCAACGGAAUGACUCUAAAUGAGCGAUUUGCCAUGUACCAAAGAAGAGCUGCACAAAAGGAAAUGAUGAAGCCAAGAAAGAGCCCCGAGAUACACAGGAUAAUUGAUGUUUCUCUCAGUGCUUUUAAGAAACACUCUCACCUGUUUGAGGGGAUGAAAAACUCCGGGGAUGGCAGUUACAAGGACGAAGGUAAAAAAAUUAAGGGUGACUCAAUGGACCUUCGUMUGGAUAUUGAGCGCCGUAAAAAAUAUUCCACCCGGGAGAGAGAUUAUAAACAGGAUGGGGGGAGAGAUUCAGGAGACUCCCCAGAAGCUAGCAUGGAUAGGUCCGCUGAGAAAUCCUCCAAGCACCACAAGAAGUCCAACUCUUCCUCCAGGAAAAACAAGAAGARGCAAUCUCGCUCUCGCUCCUCCUCUUCAUCUGCCGAAUCUCACAGGGGRGGAGACUAUCCCCACAAGGAGCCUGAGCUCAAAGACGAGGGCUUUAACAAGGCCAGGCUGGGGCCUCGGGGGGACUAUGGCGGCCCCACGGAGAGGGGACGAGGACGCGGAGGCUUUCAAUUUAGAAUAAGAGGAAGGGGCUGGAACAGGGGAAAUGACCAGGGAAACAAUGCUAACGGUAAUCCCCCUAACAUGGCCAUACCAGUUCACCCCAAGAAUGASGACUUGGACCCAGAGUACACCCCCAAGAGCCGAAAAUACUACUUGCAUGAUGACAGGGAGGGCGAGAGGAAGUGGGUGGACAACCGAGGACGGGGGAACUUCCUGCGUGGCAGCAGGGGCCGUUUCAUUAUCCGGAAGGCCAGCGUUGGCCCACCCAACAACAAAAGCAGCCCCAAGUGGACACAUGACAAGUUCCAGGUCAACGGGGGGGAGGAGGAGGGCGAGCCCCAGGAGRAGGUAAUGGAGCAGGACCACAAAGACCAGGAGAAGUCUGAAGACAUUGAAAACACUGAGCAGUGAGGGAGAACAGGGAGAGAGAAACAUUGUACCAGCACAGUGGCAAUGUUCUACUGUCUCAAGUCAUCUGGGUCGUGUUCAAAUGGAUGAAAACAGACUGAAACAGGGGAGGAAAGAACURCCUGGACUUGUCCAGUAACAAACAUUGUCCAAUAAGAAACUACCUGGACUUGUCCAAUAAGAAAAGACCCUGCUCUCAGCCUUUAUCCAUCACAAUGGCUGGACUUGGGAGAGAGUUACCCGUSCACAAAUACACACAUUAGGAAUCAAUCAGGACUCUCUUUGACACAAUAUCUUUMUGCAACAUUAURUUAUACUUUUGUCAGGGUAUAGCUAACUUGUUUUAUCUGCUUAUAGUAGAAACACUGUUAGACAGUGAACUGCUGUGUUGGAAAAGGAACUAUACGUAACCAACCUCUGCGCUUGAUAGGUUAGCACUAUGAACAGUGCAUUGUGGGGUGUUAUGCCUCUUAGUACAGGGCUGAUGCAACAUUGCAUAACAGUUUU